AGGAAGGCGCUGAGCUUAAACUGGAGCGAGUUCGGAGGACGCUAGUGGCGCCCUGAUCUGCGGAAGGGUUUCCAGGUCUGCGACGCUUGCACAUCAGCGGGAGGUGCGAGCACGAAGGUCGGGACCCAGACAUGGGACGCCGGUCAUCAGACACUGAAGAAGAAAGCAGAAGCAAGAGAAAAAAGAAACAUCGUAGACGAUCAUCUUCUAGCAGUUCUUCAGACAGUAGAACAUAUAGCCGAAAGAAAGGUGGAAGGAAAUCAAGAUCAAAGUCGAGAUCUUGGUCCAGGGAUCUUCAGUCUCGUUCACAUUCUUAUGAUAGAAGACGCAGGCACCGGUCUAGCAGUAGCUCUUCUUAUGGCUCUAGAAGAAAACGAAGUCGAAGUCGUUCAAGGGGUCGAGGGAAGUCUUACAGAGUUCAGAGGUCUAGGUCUAAAAGCAGAACAAGAAGGUCCAGGUCAAGACCUCGUCCACGUUCCCAUAGCCGAAGCAGUGAACGUUCCAGUCACAGAAGAACCCGUAGUAGGUCCCGGGAUAGAGAUCGACGUAAAGGCAGAGAUAAAGAGAAAAGAGAAAAGGAUAAAGGCAAGGACAAAGAAUUACACAUCAAACGUGGGGAAACUGGAAACAUCAAAGCUGGAUUAGAACAUCUGCCACCAGCUGAACAGGCCAAAGCCAGACUACAACUAGUUCUUGAAGCUGCUGCAAAAGCUGAUGAAGCAUUGAAGGCCAAAGAAAGAAAUGAGGAAGAAGCAAAGAGAAGAAAGGAGGAAGGUAAAGAAAUAGGUUUAGGUUUCCUCUGCCUCACCCCCAAAGAAUCACUAUUUGGCAUGAUUCUCCAUAUUCUUUAA